UCUCGGUGGGAGGUGACCAGAGCAAGGCCUGGAGCUCUGGAGGGGAACCCCCGGAGGAGCCAGGAACGUCCCCAUGGGACAGCCCUGCUCUAAGCUCCAGGGAGAGGACCAGGGGAGGAAGGUAGGAACUCGGAGACUCCGAAGGGAGCAUCCCAUCCUCUUCCCUAGCUUGCAGCCACAGGCCUUCAGCCCUUCCUGGGCCCCGAGCCGGACUCAGACCAGGAGACAACAGCUGCUGCCCUGCCACCCUGCAAGCUUGGCUACUGAGCCAGCCCUAAGAACCCCAGGUAGGCACUGCGCCUUCACACCCAAGACUCUCUCAUGGAUUCGGCUUAUCCUAAUCUCUUCAGGUGUUUUCCUAGUCCCGUUUUCCCCAAAGAUGGUCUGGGAGGCGACUUCCUCAAGGAUGGCUCUGCUGUCACCCUGGGACCCCAGCUACGAGGCUAAAGCAAGACCUCAGGAGGCCAGCUGUGGGUCAGGUGUCUCCUUCUCUAGCCGAACAUUGUGUCAUCCCUCCUUCUGGCCCAUGUAUGAGGCAGUGGGCAGAGACCUCAGGCCCACACAGAAGCAUCAGAAUGGUCAGCCAGUGUCCAGGGAUGCAGGACUCCCAGUGAUGUGCCAUGAAGACUUCUUUUUCUUGGACCCUCUGCUGCCACGUGGGCAUCGUGUUCCCCUGUAUCUGUCUGAGCCCCCUCAGCAGGCCAUGGGCUCGCUGAAGCUGCUGCUCCUGCCCCCUAUCAUGAGUCCCUCCGUCUGCCCCUCCACAUCCCAGGGCUGCUCUACGGCCUGGCUCAGUGAGCCAGAGCUGACUGCCCUUACUGGCCUGCUACAGAUGAGCCAGGGGGAGCCAAGACCCAGCUCCUUGGUGGCUCCUUUGACCUCUGCUGGCCACACAGACAGUUUCUGACCACUCAGGCCCAUCUCUCCCACAGACUCGACACCCACUGUGCAUAGCCCCUCUGGGACAGAGUGGGCCUCCUUCCCCACCCCAUUGUAUUGACAAUAAAACAGCAGUGAUGUGUGAAGCAGGCUCUCUGUGGCGGAGUGGACCAUGAAGGCAGGGAUGGGGUUUCUUGUGACUCAUUGGUCACCCCCUUGUCAUGGGACGGGAAUCCAAAGACCCAAGACAGUCACUGAGCAGGGCACCUUUAAUAGGUGGGUAGUGGCCCACAGUCAAUAGGUGGGUUGGAAGCAAGAACUUCAUCAGCUCU